CACACCUCCCAGUUUUUCUCAUUUCAAGUAGUGUAUUUUUGCUAUGGAAGAAAGUAAAAUUCUCCAACAUUUUGAGGGAAAGACCAUUUUAAUCACUGGUUCCACUGGCUUUUUAGCAAAGAUAUUUCUAGAGAAGAUACUUCGAUUGCAACCCAAUGUGAAGAAAUUAUUUCUUCUAAUGAGAGAGACCCCUAAAUUAUCUGUCCAACAACGUUUUGAAGAAGAGGUUGUGGGCACAGAGCUAUUUCGAAGUCUCAGAGAAAAACAUGGGGAAGAUUUCAAAUCUAUAAUAUCUUCACAAGUUGUACCGAUAUCGGGCGAUGUUGGUUAUGAAAAUUUAGGUAUAGCUGAUGCACAGCUGCGACAACAAAUGUGGCAAGAAAUUAAUAUUAUUGUCAACUCAGCCGCAACUACCAAAUUCGAUGAGAGGUACGAUGUAGCAUUUGAAAUAAAUUCGUUGGGAGCCAAGCAUGUUCAAGACUUUGGCACAAAAUGUUCGAAACUAGAAAUGCUUCUGCACGUCUCCACAGCUUAUGUGCAUGGCACUAAGGUGGGACUGAUGCAAGAAAAGGCUUUUUGUAUGGGUGAAACCCUUCCCGGCGCCAAAAUACCAUAUUUAGACAUCAACGAAGAGAAGAGUGUAAUUUGGGAAAAAUUAAGGUCGCUCCAGACUCAGAAGUUGUCGGAAAGAGAAAUCACUCGAGCUAUGAAGGACUUCGGCAUCGAAAGAGCUAUGCUGCAUGGUUGGCCUAAUACAUACGUAUUUACAAAGGCAAUGGGAGAAAUGCUGCUGGAGAGAUUCAACCAAAACUGCAAUGUUGUUAUUAUUCGUCCCACUAUUAUUACAAGUACUUUCAAAGAUCCAUUUCCUGGUUGGAUCGAAGGUCUAAGAACUUUGGAUAGCAUCUUUGUUGCUUAUGGUAAAGGGAAUAUCAAAUUCUUUGUAGGUGAUCCAGACUCGGCAAUUGACUUGGUACCAGGUGACAUGGUGGUAAAUUGCAUGAUUGCAGUAAUAGCUUCACAUUCAAAUCCAAUUGAAAAAGAGGGUAUAAUUGUAUACCAAAUAGGUUCGUCGAGGCGAAAUCCAGUGAAAUAUGAUGAGCUUAAGUGGUUUAUGCUUCGUUAUUUAAACAUUAAUCCAUUGAUUGAUAGCUGCGGAAAGCCUAUCAAAGUUGGCCCUCCAGUUAUUCUCAAUACAAUGCCUCGCUUUCACAAGUAUAUUUCUUUCCACUAUUUGCCCUUUGUCAAGAUGCUUGGAUUGGCAAAUAUGAUAUGCUGCAACUUUUUUGAAAGUUCAUACACUAGUGCCAAACGAAGAAUCAAGCAAGCAAUGAGACUAGCUGAUCUUUACAAGCCUUACCUGUUUUCACAAGCAAUCUUUGAUGACAAUAACACUGAGAAUCUACGAAUGAAGAUUAGAGGAAGCAAUAUCGACAUGGAAUUAUUUAAUUUUGAUAUCAAGUGCAUUUCGUGGGAUGACUACCUCCUGAACACUCAUUUUCUUGGAAUAGCCAAACAUGUCUUGGGUGGCUAGCUACAAUCUACACUCCCUUCCUCUCUCUAACUGGAGAAUUUGUACUAUUAUUCAUUUUUAUUUGGGCAAAUAUAUUUAUUUAAUCUGAAUUAUA